GAAGAAGGUCGUGCCGUGGGGUGGAGUGUCCUUCCGCAGGCGAGCUGUUCUAUCAGUUCAUUUCUAUAGUUGGUUUGAAGAUAUUAACUCCGUUACUGUAACGAGAAAGGUUCAUUAAAAACCAGCAACAACCGAGUAACGUUGAUAUCGGAACUUCCACGGUGCUGCACGAACCUGACCCGUGCGUUUCAGAAGUGUGAGUGUCAGAAAACCAGGAGCUAUCAGUCAAAACUACAACGUGUUCUCUCUCUCACACACCCGAAGCCAGACAGAGACCGACCGGGACCAGGCGGAUUAACCCUGUAGCCGGAAAGCUCGUGUGUUUCCCGGGAUGAAGAUCCUGUUCGCUCCGCUGAACAUCCCGCUGCGGAGGAGACUCCAGACAGCCGCGGUGCUACAGUGGGUCUUCUCUUUCCUUGCUCUUGCCCAGUGUUGUCUAGCAGGCUAUGUGUUGCUGUGUGUCUCUGAUUGGUGGGUUCUGGCGGCGCUGUAUGCUGGUUGGCUGUAUCUGGACAGGGACACACCCACCAGCGGGGGUCGGAGGUCAGAGUGGCUUCGGAACUGCAGCGUCUGGAAACACUUCAGAGACUACUUCCCUCUCAACCUCAUAAAGACGGUGGAUCUGGACCCAGGUUCUAACUACAUCUUUGGGUUCCACCCCCAUGGUGUUCUGGUGGCGGGGGGUUUUGGGAACUUCUGUACGGAGGCAUCAGGGUUCUCCUCGCUGUUCCCCGGGCUGACCCCCUACCUCCUGAUGCUGCCAUUCUGGUUCAGAGUACCCUUCUUCAGGGACUACAUCAUGUGUGGAGGUCUGGUAUCCAGUGAGAAAGCCAGUCUGUCCUACCUGCUGUCAGCUCCUAGAGGAGGUAAUGUGGCGGUGCUGGCUAUAGGGGGCGCUCCAGAGGCUCUAGACGCCCGGCCAGGAGCUCUCACCCUGCAGAUUCUACACCGCAAGGGAUUCAUCAAACUGGCGCUAAAACACGGGGCCCAGCUAGUACCUGUGUUCUCCUUUGGGGAGAAUGAGCUCUUCGACCAGAUGACCAACCCUGCCGGCUCGCCGCUCCGCUGGCUCCAGGACCACUUGCAAAGGCUCAUGGGAGUGGCACUGCCAAUGUUCACCGGACGAGGCGUGUUCCAAUACAGCUUUGGUCUACUGCCCUACAGAGAGCCCAUACACACUGUUGUGGGUAGACCUAUCCCAGUGGUCCAGACCCCCUCUCCCACUAAGGAUGAUAUAGACUGUCUCCAUUCUCUCUACCUGGAGGGCCUCACUACGGUGUUUGAAGACAACAAGGACAACUACGGCAUUGCACCAGACAAACACCUCCACUUCAUCUAGAAAUGUGCAUUGAGAGUUGUCCACACCUACAAUCAGCUGGAAAAGAAGCUUUACAGACGAAUCCAAAGAUGCUGCAACACCUUCUAGGUCAGAGUUCUAGCUGAAGGUUAGGGUUCUAGAGGGUCCUGUAGGGUUCUAGAGGGUUCUGUAGGGUUCUAGAGGGUCCUGUAGGAUCCUGUAAAUUUAUGUAGGGUUCUAGAGGGUCCUGUAGGGUUCUAGAGGGUUCUGUAGGAUCCUGUAAAGUUUUGUGGGGUUAUGUAGGGUUCUAGAGGGUUCUGUAGGGUUCUAGAGGGUUCUGUAGGAUCCUGUAAAGUUAUGUGGGGUCCUGUAGGGUUCUAGAGGGUCCUGUAGGGUUCUAGAGGGUCCUGUAGGGUUUUGUAGGAUCCUGUAAAGUUAUGUAGGGUUCUAGAGGGUCCUGUAGUGUCAUCUGUAGGUUUCUAGAGGGUCCUGUAGCGUUUUGUGGGGUUCUAUAGAGUUAUGUAGUGUUCUAUGAGGUUCUACAGGGUCCUGUAGGAUUAUGUGGGGUUCUAGAGGGUUCUGUUGGGUUCUAUAGAGUUAUGUAGGAUUCUGUGGGGUCCUGUAGGGUUAGUUAGUACCAAGAUGGCGGAGCAGUAAGACGUUUUUUUGUCCAAUGUAAAAAUUAUUAUUAUUAUUAUAUUUUUUGUUGUAUACAUUUAAUUAUAUUUCAAUCUCUUUUUUUCCAUUUUCUAAUUGAAUAAACUUCCUGCAACCCGCCUCA